UUUGAUGGCGGGUCGGCUCGGGUGUGGAGUGCGAUUUGUGUUACUUCCGGAAAACGGGUGGGAUGAGGUUUUAAGCGUGGCGGGUACGGGUUUGCAAAAUAAGCCCCGUGCAGGACACUGCUGCCAAGUCAAAAUGUGACACCUUCUUAAGCCGAGCAUUAUUGUGGAGACACAGACGGGUCUGGGGGCUCAGGCUACAGCGGAUUCUGCUCCGUUCUGUCACGGGUAAAUGGGCUGAUGGCAGAGGCUACACAGGAAGAAGAAGUAGAAGAAGAAGAAGAAGAAGAAGAAGAAGAAGUGGUGCUCCUGACCUGAACCUGUGACCUGCCCUUGGUCUCUGAUGAUACUCCCGUGGUUCCCCCCCCUCCACCCUUUGCUCAAGGCUGGCCGAGGCAGGCAGCGCGGCCAGAUCCUGGCCUUGUAAUUCACCGGCUUCUAGAUCGCCUGCCACAGCGUAUUGAUUUUUGUUUCCCCAAUCUCCAGGAGAGAAGCAAAGAAAAGAUUAAAAACACUGUCAGUUUGAAGUUGAAUAAGAAUCCUGCGCAGGGGGAGAUACCUUAGAGAGCACGGGGUCACAGCUGAGGAUUUGAGCAGCGACACACACAGAAUUAGAUAGAGAGAGACAGAGAGGGAGAGAGAAGCAGCAGCAGCAGCAGGAGGCGCAGAAGAGAUGGACGAGCAGCCGAGGUUGAUGCACUCUCACACGGGGGUGGGCAUGGCAGGGCACCCCGGCCUGCCGCAGCACAUGCAGGAAGGCACCGGAGGAACGGACGGCGACGGGAGAAAACAGGACAUUGGAGACAUUUUACAGCAAAUUAUGACCAUCACGGAUCAGAGUCUGGACGAAGCCCAAGCCAGGAAACACGCUCUGAACUGUCACAGAAUGAAGCCAGCUCUUUUCAAUGUCUUGUGUGAAAUCAAAGAGAAAACAGUGCUGAGUAUCCGCGGCGCCCAGGAGGAGGAGCCCCCGGAUCCCCAGCUCAUGCGGCUGGACAACAUGCUGCUGGCGGAGGGCGUGUCCGGUCCAGAGAAAGGCGGAGGCUCGGCGGCCGCUGCAGCUGCGGCGGCGGCCUCGGGAGGAGCGGGGGCGGACAACUCGGCGGAGCACUCGGACUACAGGGCCAAGCUGUCCCAGAUCAGACAGAUCUACCACACGGAGCUGGAGAAGUACGAACAGGCAUGUAACGAGUUCACCACCCACGUGAUGAACCUGUUGCGGGAGCAGUCGCGCACGCGGCCAAUUUCGCCCAAAGAGAUCGAGCGCAUGGUGAACAUCAUCCACCGCAAGUUCAGCUCCAUCCAGAUGCAGCUCAAACAGAGCACCUGCGAGGCCGUUAUGAUCCUGCGCUCCCGCUUCCUCGAUGCCAGACGGAAAAGACGAAACUUCAACAAGCAGGCGACAGAGAUCCUGAACGAGUAUUUCUACUCACACCUCAGUAACCCUUAUCCCAGUGAGGAGGCUAAAGAGGAGCUGGCAAAGAAGUGUGCCAUCACAGUUGCCCAGGUUUCCAACUGGUUUGGGAAUAAAAGAAUCAGAUACAAGAAAAACAUUGGUAAGUUCCAAGAAGAAGCCAACAUGUACGCUGCGAGAACUGCCGUCAAUGCGGCUAAUGCAUCCUCACAUGGAAGCCAAGCAAAUUCACCCUCAACUCCAAACUCUGCAGGUUCUGCUGGCUCUUUUAACAUGUCAAACUCCGGGGACUUGUUCAUGAGCGUGCAGUCUCUCAAUGGGGACUCGUACCAGGGGGCUCAGGUGGGAGCCAACGUGCAGUCACAGGUGGAUACCCUUCGCCAUGUUAUCAGUCAGACAGGCGGAUACAGUGAAGGACUCACAGCCAACCAGAUGUACAGUCCGCAGGGCAUCAAUGCGAACGGUGGCUGGCAGGAUGCUCCGACCCCCUCAUCAGUGACUUCACCCACAGAAGGACCCGGAAGCGUUCACUCUGACACCUCCAACUGAUCCUCCACCCCCCUCCCUCCUCACUCCUCACUCCUCCGUCCUCCUCCACCACCACCACCUCCCCCGCCUCCCCCAGCCACAUCUCCCCCAAAACUUAAAAACCCAUCGGGACUGGACGUGACGUACUGUGUGUGGUCACGCGGCGGGGACACAGUUGGGGUCUGGGACGACAUUUUCACUCUUGCGGACAAAUGUUUCACUUUUUCCUAUCCGGACCGCGGCAGCACUGCUGUCGGGGGGACUCAUAUCACACACUUCACAGUUUGUACAGUUUCCACUCGAUGUCCAUGUUGCCUCUUUGUAUUUCUCUUACAUUAUAUAUUCACACAGCCGGCACACAGUUAGCAGCGUAACGCCGCCGCCGCCCCACAACGUCUCAUAAAUUGAAAUUCUUUCACACUACCUCUAUUCGACAUAACAACAGAGAGAAAACAUUUCAAAAUGCUUCGGUUUUACAAAAAUGUUUUAUAAUUAUUGGGAUUCUACUGUACAACCAACACCAUGCCCUGUCAUUUUACGCCUCUGUCUUUAUUACAUGUGUUCGCGAAUGUGUUUGUUUUUAUCUACUGUGCCAAAGUUCAACCCUGGAGGUGAAUUUUGAUAAUGUUUUUAAAUGUCAAUGUCCUUAAACUUUUUUUUUUUUUCAUGCCAUAUUUUGUGAAGUAUUAUUAUGUUAGUCAUAUUAGUCAGGUAAAUAUCCAAGUAUUCAGCCUCCAUUUAUAUAGUUUGUGCUCAGAACUUCUACAGCAGACGAGGACGUGAACUUCUACAACUGACGCGCUCACAUAAGGCAUUUUAUACGUUAUUGCCGGACUAGUAGGUUCUCUGCUCACAUGCAAAACAAUAAUAAUGCAAAAAGAAUUCACAAUUUUUACACAAGCAAUUAACAAAAUGAGCGCGACUUUGAUGGUGAGAGUUGAAGUUCUGUCAUGUAUGUUUGGCUGCAUUCGCAACAUUCAAAGACGAAUCGACCCGGAACGACACCGAAUCAACGACGACGUCCGCAGCGAUUACUGCGCGUCGAUAUGAUCUAAAGCACAAUAACACCUACUGAUCGAGCUCAAAGGGUAACAUUUGUAAAUGUCCGAGAGAAAGAAAAAACGAUUUAACUAUAGUAGUCAUAUAUUGAAAGAGAGAGCGUGUACAGUCAGUGCAUCGUCAGACAUCUUCAGUGAGAUCGACGUCAAACACCAAAUACUGCUGGUAACCAAAUCAAAACAAGAAACUGUAAUUCUGAUGUUAAGGUACCGUGUUGUCGGGAUUUAACGCACCGCACGUCUUUUCUCAAAAAUUCACUUUUCAUCUAUGUAUCAUUAUAUUUGUGUCAUGAUCCUGCGAACGCACUGAAAAGAGUUUUUGUGUUUUUGCUCAAAUUAAAUUAUUCUGUAACAUUUUAUAAGAAGCAUCAUUAACAAAUGGGUAAUUAAUGGUUAGUUAAACAUUAGUUAAUAAUUAUAUCACUGUUAACAAACAAUGAAAUGCUUUAUAAACCAUUUAUUAGGCAAUUGUUUAUUGUAAUGUUGCAACUGAUGUAUUAUAUAUGUUUAUCAACCUUAACAAGUGCUUAAUAAAUGUUUAAUAAAGCAUUUCAUGGUUUGUUUACAGUUAAAUAACUCUGAGGUUUAAUUACCUACUAAUUUACCACUUAGUAUUGAUGGUGGUUUACAGAUGGUCAUUAUUAUUUUAUAAAUAGCUCUUAAAUACUAUGUAGUUCAACAUUAUCUUCAACAUAAUAACAAUAACAAAGCAGUUCAUUGUUUGUUUACUGUUAAAUAGUGCUUAAGUUAUGUUUAAUUAUCUAUAAAUUUACCAUUAAUAAAUGAUGGUUAUUAUAAAGUGUUCUUAAGAUGAUAAAAGCAAAAAUAAGUGUUGUUUGUCUUCUGAAUACUUCAAUGCACUCUCAGGAUUUUGGCACAAAUGUUCCUCCGUAAACAUCCAGUGCUGAUAAAUCUUGAGGUUACUCAUACGUCACCCCGGUUCUCUGAUAACAUUAACGAGAGUAUUUGAAAAAGAACUACAGUGUUUGUAUUUCGAGUCCGUUCACUUUUUAUGUUUCCGCUCCACAGUGACACUUAAAGAACACAACAUCCAUCGAUGCAACCUGAUCCAAAAUGUGAAAUUAGACUUGUUGUAUGUACAGUUAUAGUCUGUGGUCUAACAUGUAUACAUGAUUACAGUAGUCCUCAUGAGAUAUCAGCAUUUACAUACUUUGAUACCAAAAAAAAAUGGCAGAAUUUUUAUCCUCCACAUUGGGAUCAGCUUUAUCAACAUUUUUUUUUUUUUCCUUUUUUCCUCUUUUGGUAGGAUUUUAUUACCUACGGUGCUAGUGAGCAUCUCAUAAUGCGCUAGCGCUCUGCAUUCAAAGCCAAAAAAGAAAAAAAUGCAGUUGGAAUACAGUCGUGUUUAUAUACAUUAAAGUGGAAACAAAUACUCUGAUGGCACACAAAUCCAGAUAAUGUUUGGAUAUAUUUUUAUGUCUCCAUUUUGUGAAUAUCUCAUUUUUUGUUGUUGUUGUUGUUGUUUUCAUUUGAUAUUAAUUUGCUUUCUUUUUUUUAUGCUAGCAUUAUAUGUGAAUUAGCCCAAGAAUGCUCUAUAUACAGUAUGUAGAUAUGCACCUUUACUCUUUUUUUUUGUUUGUUUGGUUUUUUUUGCAUCUUUGAAUUUGGACAGCAGCCAUUUAACGGCAGGCUGACGGAGUUUCUGUUGAGUUUAAACUAAAAUCUUUCUUAUUGUUUUUUACACCAAGAUGGCUUCUGUCCGAAUGAAGGUGACGUGAAAAGUUAGUGUUAACUUUGCUCUCCGGAUUUGGUUUUUUUUUUGUUUGUUUUUUUAUUUUAUUUUUUUUAGAUUAACUGAACCUUUCCAGAAAUCAAAAAAUUCAAUCCCGGGAUCCCAACCAGUCACAAUACAGCCUGAAAACCACAGGUAUUUUUGAACAGUUGUCAGUGUGUUUGUAUUUAUUACACAUGUAUGAAAUCAUGGAUGUCUCAGAGCUCCUGUUGGAGGUCGGCCACGGCACGAUCGCGUCAAACAAACUCAUUUGGAUCAUUGGAAGCGGCUCCUUCUCGACUCGCCUGCUCAGUAUUACGGUCGAGAGUCCGAGCAGCAUUGGAGUGAUGCACAGAACCUGCCUCAGUCUGAAGUCAUUGGAGUGAACUGACAGCACCGGCCACGCAAGGCAAAACACAAGGAUUGUUUUUUUUUGCACCCCUCAGAAAGAAAAAAAAACAAAAGAAAAAAAAAAAAAACGGCUUAACUCAACUUUUCACUUUGCCUGUCAAAUAUUAUCGAAGCUUCAUGUAAUGAUGCUUUUUAGUUUUUGAACAUAAAAGGAAAAGAGACAUGGAAAAAGAGAAAUGAACAAUUUGUAAAACAUAAAAUGUUUUAUUUGUUGCAUGUCUUUUUGUUCUUCAAUAAAAUAACGUACUGCAGUGUU